UACCUAACAACAGCUGAUGAAUUAACAAUAGAAACAACUUUGUUCUAAAGCGACAGUUCAAAUAUUAGAAUCCACAGGAGUCAAGACUCAAGAGAGUACCUCCUUUAUUUAAUCUAUUUGGAAUUAGAGGUAAGAUUCUGAUAAUUGGAACAAAGGAAGAGAUAGGUAUAAAUAUUUGGUAAAGGAGUUAGCUUUAGAAUAAAUUAACCAAAAGGGAGGUGAGAGAUAGAGAGAGAGAGCAAGAGAGAGAGAGAAGGUGGGAACCCACCAUAUAGACGAUUGAUCGGCCAACAUCGUAAAGAAAGCCUUUUUUUAUCUGUCUCUCUCUCUUCCCCUUUCUGUUCUUGCAAUACAGAGGAGUAAUUCUAAGUGUGUGAGGGUGCUUUCCCAUACUACUAUAUAUACAUGUGCUCACAUGGUUUCCCUUUGAGGGAGAUCAAGAAGAAAGUAACCAAAACUCACUUGCUUUUAAGCUUUCUUACCUUUGUUUGUUUACUCUAACACCAUUAGGACCAUUAAGAGCUUUCCUUAAGAGCCUCACGACGGCUGCAACAGUUACAACUACGAGGACGAGUAGAGAAACUGGUUUAGGAGUCAUCAUGCCUCAGAACUGCAUAGCACCAAGGCCUGAAGAAGAUGGUGGAGGCAUGGUACAAGGUUUGCCAGACAUGUCAGAAACGCAGAGCAAAUCUGUACUAGCCUUCCCCAUGGUCACUUCACAACCUGGUCUCCAGAUGUCCAUGUACCCCAUAACUCUCAAGUUUGAGGAGGUUGUGUACAAGGUUAAGAUAGAGCAGACAAGUAGUCAGUGCUUGGGAUCAUGGAAAAGCAAAGAGAAGACGAUUCUGAAUGGGAUAACAGGAAUGGUUUGUCCAGGAGAGAUUCUAGCCAUGUUAGGUCCCUCAGGCAGUGGCAAAACCACUCUUCUCUCAGCUCUCGGGGGCCGCCUCUCCAAAACUUUCUCAGGUAAAGUCAUGUACAACGGUCAGCCUUUCUCCGGCUGCAUCAAACGCAGAACAGGGUUUGUUGCUCAGGAUGACGUCCUGUACCCUCACCUCACGGUUUGGGAGACUCUCUUCUUUACUGCACUUCUACGGCUACCAAGUAGCUUGACCAGAGACGAGAAGGCUGAGCAUGUGGACCGAGUUAUCGCUGAACUCGGAUUAAAUCGGUGUACAAACAGCAUGAUAGGAGGACCACUGUUCAGAGGAAUAUCAGGAGGUGAGAAAAAAAGGGUUAGCAUUGGUCAAGAAAUGCUGAUCAAUCCUAGCUUGCUCCUUCUUGAUGAACCAACUUCAGGUCUUGAUUCGACCACUGCUCACCGCAUUAUAACCACAAUCAAACGGCUGGCUUCUGGAGGAAGAACAGUCGUCACCACUAUUCAUCAGCCAUCAAGCCGUAUAUACCAUAUGUUUGACAAGGUGGUUUUGCUCUCUGAAGGAAGUCCCAUCUACUAUGGCUCUGCAUCUUCUGCUAUGGAAUAUUUCAGUUCUCUUGGAUUCUCCACUUCCAUGACAGUUAACCCAGCUGACCUUUUACUUGACCUUGCAAACGGAAUUCCACCUGAUUCUCAGAAGGAGACCACGGAACAAGAACAGAAGACAGUAAAAGAAACCCUUGUUUCAGCUUAUGAGAAGAACAUUUCUGCUAAACUGAAAGCUGAACUCUGCAAUGCGGAAUCUCAUAGCUAUGAGUACACCAAAGCUGCUGCCAAAAAUCUCAAGUCAGAACAAUGGUGCACAACUUGGUGGUACCAGUUCACUGUAUUGCUCCAAAGAGGAGUCAGAGAGAGGAGAUUCGAAUCUUUCAACAAGCUCAGGAUAUUCCAAGUCAUCAGUGUAGCUUUUCUUGGUGGUCUUCUAUGGUGGCAUACUCCAAAAUCUCACAUCCAAGAUAGAACUGCCUUGCUCUUCUUCUUCUCAGUCUUUUGGGGCUUCUACCCGCUAUACAACGCGGUUUUCACAUUUCCUCAAGAGAAAAGAAUGCUAAUCAAGGAACGUUCUUCAGGAAUGUACCGUCUCUCCUCCUAUUUUAUGGCUAGAAACGUUGGGGACCUGCCCUUGGAACUUGCCCUUCCAACUGCUUUUGUGUUCAUAAUUUACUGGAUGGGUGGACUUAAACCAGACCCAACAACGUUUAUCCUCUCACUACUGGUUGUUCUCUACUCCGUCCUUGUCGCUCAAGGUCUUGGCUUAGCCUUUGGUGCUCUGCUUAUGAACAUCAAGCAAGCCACAACGUUAGCAUCUGUUACUACACUCGUGUUUCUCAUAGCUGGAGGGUAUUACGUGCAGCAAAUCCCUCCUUUCAUCGUAUGGCUCAAGUACCUAAGCUAUAGCUACUACUGCUACAAGCUGCUUUUGGGUAUUCAAUACACUGAUGACGACUACUAUGAGUGUUCAAAGGGAGUCUGGUGCAGAGUUGGAGAUUUCCCAGCAAUCAAGUCAAUGGGACUGAACAAUUUGUGGAUCGACGUGUUUGUUAUGGGAGUGAUGUUGGUUGGUUAUCGACUCAUAGCCUACAUGGCACUGCAUCGAGUGAAGUUGAGGUAACAACAAGGUAAACACCAAGAAGCUCCAAAGAAAUUUUCCACCACUGCAGCAACCAAUGGAAUAAUAUUAGUAUUAGAAAAGAUAAAAAAAACGUCGUCGAAUUUUGGUCGAUUUUACUUACGUAUCCGAGAUAUAUAUAUCCGACGACUUUGUUUUUUAUAUUUUAGGCUUAGAUGAUGAUAAUAUUCCUAAGUUUGAGAAUAAAACAGUGAGAUAAUGUAUAAGAUAAGAAAGGGAAGCCAAGUAUAUACUAAGUUCCCAUUUGCAAAACAGUGUGACGAAAGUGACUGAACUUCCCGGUCCACUCUUACCAUGGAGAUGAUUGUUGUAUCUUUUGUGGGGUUCCUUAAAAGAAAAGGUCUACUCUA